UAAAGACCAUCCUUAUCCUUUUCAAGGUGGUAUCGAUAGAUGCGGGAAUUGGAUUCUCGGAAUUACAAUGUUGAAGGGACCUAGGUUGAGGAUGAUCCGACAAGCUCACUGCAUCUGGGAGAGUUGAAUGUGCGCAACUUCCCUAAACAACCUUCCCCGGUUAAGUUUUGAUUUUGACAGAUGCAUUCGAUCCAUAAAUAGGCACUCAUGCCCCGGUAUAUACCAGUUUUACUUGGAAGAGCGUCCCAAAAGAUUCGACAAAAGGGAAAUCAUCAUAUUAAUGCUGUGUCAUUUCCCUCGCUUAGGCGAUCCGCCCUACUGCGGCACAAGGGAACACUCUGCCCAUUCGCAUAUUCCCCUCUUACAAUACCCACAUAUAAAGCCUCAAUCAGUAUCAUCAGCUCACCUCGUCCAUUCCGCCAGUGCCCUUUCAUCUCAUUACACGCACACGCACACUCACACACACUCUCUAUCGAACUUUUGUUUCGUGUCCUUCCAUCCGUUCUUCCAUAGUCUAUCCACUGUCUCAGAUCUAUCCACGCACUCCCACUUGCAAGAUUACCCUCUCUCUCUCUCUCUCAUGAAUAUCCCGGCACCGUUUCCAACUGUCCGUAUCAGUUCGCAGCACUGAUUUCACUCGUAGACACUCCGCUCCACAAUUCCGGGCAUGAUUCGAACGUUGAUUCCGCGGAAUUCAUUGUGGCGGAGAGCGGGUGAUGGAUGGACUGCUGAACUGAGGGCGCCGGAUGCCAACGGAUCAUUCAGAUGAGCUAGCUCACUGGCUGAUCAAGCCUCUUCGCCCUUCUUACCCCUCACUCCUUUCUCCUCGCGCAAGUAGUAGGGGCCCAAUGAACAGGUCAGUUCACCUAAUUCCUGGGCCAUGAUCAAGCCUUCGCUAG